ACAUUGCGCGGUUUGGAAUGGACCAUUACAAGGUGUACCGCGAAGGCUGCGUCAAGAAUGGCAUACCUCUGAAUGAGCGUGCUAUGCCAGAGGAGGAGCGUGAUCGGUUAAAUGGUGUAACGAGCAAGAAUGAUGGUCAAUCAAGUAUCCUUCAAUUUGUCGAGAGAACUGAGCUAUCCCCUGAGGAAUGGCAAUGCGAACGUCUCCUUGACUUGAUCGUACGUUUUAUUGUUGAAACUGACCAGGCUAUCAGUGUUGUCGAUCAUGAAUCAUUGCGCGACAUACUGAUAUAUCAACGUCCCAAGACCAAAGACUCUGAUAUACCUCAUCGCACCAAGCUGACAGAGAUCAUACUUGCAAGAGCCAAAGAUAUGCAAGCAGAGCUUGCUAAAGAGCUUGAAGAAGCACCUGGACGAGUUUCAUUAAUGUUCGAUGGUUGGACAUCCAAGAUCAUGACAGCCUACCUAGCCAUUAUGGCGCACUACAUCACCGCAGACUGGACAUUGUGAACAGAGCUUCUCUCCUUUGGUGAAUUGCUUGGUAGCCACAGUGGCGAGAACAUGGCACAGGAGCUUUAUGACAUCUGUAAGAAGUAUAACAUUGUACAUAAGCUCGGCAACCUCACCGCUGACAACUUAACCACUAACGACAAAGGUAUCCGGAUCCUGGGUCAAAAGCUCGCAGUCGAAGAUGGGAUUCUUGACUUCAACCAUCUCGAGCGACGUUCGCAUUGUUUCUCGCAUGCCGUACAUCUUGCAGAGGCUGCAUUCCUGCAGGCUUUGUCACCGAAGAAGACAGUUAAGAAGAACGGGAAGUCCAAUCGGAUGGUCCCUAUUGUGCCAGCACCAGCCAGUAGUCCGUCUGGCGAUGUGGAUCCAGAUGAAGAGGAUACCGAGGAAGAAAUUGCUGGACUAAUGGUGGAAGUUGCGGAAGCAGUGAAGGAACUCCCAGAGGCAUCAGAGGAGGCUCUUCUCCUUGCCGAGUUACUUCUCAAGGUUCGAGGUUUUAUUGCCAAGGUACGAAGAUCACCUCAAGCAAAACAGUUCUUCAAGAAAUGCUGUCGCGCAGCAACAAUAGAGGUUUUGGAACUGUUACCGUACUGCAAGACACGCUGGGGUUCAUGGUUUGGAGUGUUGGGGCAUUUGCUUGUGUUGAAAAAGGCUGUCAUUGCAUUCAUCAAUCAAGCCGAUGACUCUGACGAAGUUCCUAAUGUCGAGAAAAAUCAGCCAAAAUAUAUCUCAUACCGCCUUUCUUCUGAGGAAUGGAAGUUUAUUGAACUAAUCCAUGAAGUACUAAAGGAAGCAUCAAAGGUCCAAGAGACAUUCUCGUCGGAAUCAGUACCGACACUUUGGCUGGUACUUCCUGUCUAUGAACAGUUCAUUCGGGUGUGGGAAAGCUUUACGCAGCGUUCAGAUAUGAAACCGCUGGUGCCUAUGCUCAACGCCGGCAUCAACAAUCUUCGAAAAUAUUAUAACUUGUCCGAUCGUUCACCAGCACACAUUGUAUGUCUCUAUUUGGACCCUCGAGUUAAGGAUGCAUAUUUCCAAUCAGCGUGGACAGAAGAAGGGCAGGUAGAAGCCCGCGUUAUUAUGGAGCGCAUUUUUGAUGAAUAUCAAGCACAUCGUCAGCCUAAUGCUUCAGAGUCCAGCAAUGAAGCUCCAGGACCAUCUUCGUCAGGAAUCUCACAAGGUGUCACGGGUAGCUACGGAUUUGCGUUCAUUGAGAAUGCUACAGCAAACAGAAGACAGCGCGAGAAGAGAACCAUCAAGGAUCUCCGAGCGGAAUUGAAGAAGUACCUUGAAGAAGAUCUCGUCGUUGUGCCAAAGGGUCAGCCAUUUGAUCUUCUCAGUUACUGGAAGGCGGAAUCUCUUAGAGCCCCUGUGCUUGGGGAUAUAGCACGGGAUUAUCUUGCAAUUCAGGGUUCAUCCGUCCCUUGCGAGCGUGUAUUCUCAAGUGCAGGUCUUACUGAUGACAAGCGAAGAGGUUCCAUUAUUCCACAGAACUUUGAGGCGAUACAAACAUGUAAGGCUCGUUAUAGAGCAGAAAGGGCACGUCGCGCGGCUGCAGUGGCAGCGCAACGUGAAGCGCAACGAAAACGGUGGGAAGAGGAUGCAAUAGAGCAAGUAGGAUCGUAGCUCAGAUGUAUAUCAGAACAAGAAAAAGUCCCUCUUUU